UACAGUACCUUGGAGCCCUUACUUAAGAAUGGUACGUUAUAAUGUAAACAGUCGCUGGGGAAACUACUAAUUAACCAAGAGACGAAGAUAGAGAGAAGACAGUGAACCUGAUAUUUCUCCAGAUAAGCUUGAUUAAAGCCAAACAUCAGACACUGUUGGACGCUGGAUUCCAUGAUAACUUGGAAUGUAUAUCAAGAAAGCAGUGUUUUAGCCGAAGGACGAUAAAUUGUGGACAAGCUUUCUUGUACCAGCCUGUUAAUAACCAUUAAGGAUGUCGACACCGAGCAGAAGACACGCUGAAUGUUUGACUGUCCUUGCUAUCAGCUUUCAGGUUUUCUCGGGAGUCGGAUCUCAAGGGUGUAGGGUGGAUUCGUUUCCAGUGCAGGGUCAUUUUGACACUGAUAAGUAUCUAGGCAAAUGGUAUGAGAUGAAAUGGUAUUCGGAGGUGUAUUUUGAUGAGUCUGAGCUAUUCCAGGAUUACACUCAUGAGUAUAUCAGAAAGAAAGGUGGGAAUUUAACAGUUCUACACACUGGGAGAGAUCCUAUUUCUCUGGUGGAAUGCUUCCAGCGCCAAUCCACUCUGUACUUAACAGAAACACCUGGAAAAUUCAUGAUAGACGAGAAAAACCAAGGGAAUCUAUCGGACAUCUGGGUGAUAAGGACAGAUUAUAGCAACUAUUCAGUAGCUUACGGCUGCACGACUCAACAACAGGAUGGUACGUGCCUCAAAGCCAGAGCUUGGGUGUUCAGUCGGAAGCCAACCUUAGCAGACGACUUGUUACAAGAAGCAGACGACCAGCUGGAGAAACUGUGCUUAAAUCUGACGUCAUUUCUCGUCACCAGACAAACAAAUGAUUGUACCGACGACAUCAAAAGAUCUAUGGCAGAGAGAACUCAUCUGACCAUUUAUAUCAUGUGUUUUACCAUACUCGUUUUUUUACUUCAGUUAACCCUUUUGUUACCAUAGAUGAAUACAAGAGUACAACAAUGGAUAAUAAAAAUAAAAACCCAGAAAUUAAUUGGAGAGGGUUCACAUAGGCUUUGCCUGUUACCCAAUUUAUUUUGUUUCUCAAUAAAUUAUGUUUUAAUUAAAUAAUAAACAGAGAGGAAAAUUCCUCCGUUUGAUAAUAGUAAAGACUUCGUCCAGCAUGUAAUUUGGUUUAUACAUGAACAAGUAUUAAAAAAAAACAAUGCUA